AUGACGGCACGAAUAAUCGCGAUUUCUAAUCAGCAAAGCUUAAGCCGAGAAAUGCUAAUUAAAACUACAUUAGCGAUAGUGCGGCUUUUUGAAGCAAAAUAUAAACAAAAACCAAAAGUAGUGAUCGACAGUUCGUUAAAAUGGAAAAAUAUUCGUGUGCCAACAACUUUCGAUUUUGUGAAUCACGAAAAUGCUAAGCAGCUGUUUCUCAGUCCAAAAAGUCCUAAAUUAAAUGCAAAUGAACCUAGUAAAAGCUUAGCUAUGGUCAAGAUCAAAACGAUGACUUUGACAUUUUACAUCGACAUGACCGACUGCAAGGAACGAAAUUAG